AUGUUUUUCAGUCUGAGAAUGAUGUUGUUCUUUGUACUGCUUUUUCUACUACCUGGUUUGUUGGAAGCAGCUCGUAUUCUUGCCUUGUUUCCCAUACCAAGUCAAUCGCAUUAUUAUCAUGCCUUACCGUAUCUGAAACGUUUGGGCUCCUUAGGGCAUGACAUAACUUCUGUAACACCGUUUCCAUCAAAAGAACCAAUAAAUAAUCUACACGAUAUUCCCGUUCCGGAGGUAUUUCACAGUUUUGAUGAGUUAUUAAAAGCUAUGACAACACCAAAAAAUACUUGGGAAUUUUUCGAGGUAACCAAUGAAUUCGUGUACAACAUUACAAAGGUGGUAUUUGAUAACGAGGAAGUGCGUCGAAAGAUACUCAGCCCAGGAAGGGGUCAGUUUGAUUUGGUCAUUGUGGAUAUGUGGAAGUAUGAUGCUCUAUAUGGCUUGGCCGCCUAUUUGGAGACACCAAUCAUCGGAAUGGCCCCUUGCGGAACUGACUGGAAGAUCGAUGAAAUGGUCGGCAAUCCCUCACCAAUGUCGUACCUCCAGUCUCCUUCCACUGACUUCUAUGACUUGGAUUCUUAUGUGGGUCGUCUAGGACACUUUGCAGAACGCUCCGUUUCUUGGAUAAACUGGCAUUGGCGGUAUAAAAACAAACAUGAGGCCCUCUAUAAGAAAUAUUUUCCGAGAAUAGCUGACAAGCAGCCACUGUCUGAGAUAUCCCAAAGCUUUGCUUUGAUUUUGGUAAAUCAACAUUUUACAUUGGGUCCUCCCAGGCCAUAUGUUCCGAAUAUAAUAGAUGUGGGAGGUAUGCAUAUUAAUCAGGAACCAAGAACUUUGCCCAAGGACUUGGAGGACUUUAUCCAGGGCUCUGGUGAGCACGGAGUAAUAUAUUUCUCUCUUGGCACCAAUGUAAGGAGCAAAAAUCUGGCAGAGGAUCGCAGGAAAAUAUUGAUUGAAACCCUUGCCACUCUGCCACAGCGUAUCCUGUGGAAAUUUGAAGAUGAGGACUUACCUGACAAACCACCAAAUGUCUUAAUUAGCAAAUGGUUCCCUCAAGAGGACAUCCUGGCCCAUCCAAAAGUAAAACUCUUUAUAACCCACGGAGGAAUGCAGAGCACCAUAGAAAGCGUUUACCAUGGUAAACCUAUGCUCGGGUUGCCCUUCUUUUACGAUCAGCUUGGUAAUAUGGAACAUAUCAAAAAACAGGGGCUAGGUUUGGCUUUGAGCUACAGGGAUAUGACCAGCGGUGGCUUCAGGGUCACAAUUCUCCGAUUGCUGACGGAAAAGAGUUUUGAUGUCAAGGCAAAAAUACAAUCAGCUCGAUUUCGGGAUCAAUCCAUGAGACCUCUGGAGAAGGCCAUUUGGUGGACUCACUACGUCCUGCGUCACCAGGGAGCGCCUCAUAUGAGGGUGGCAGGAAGAGAGCUGGACUUCUUCACUUACCACAGCCUAGAUGUCUUGGCUACUUUUUUAGUGGUUCCUAUUAUGAUUUCCCUUUGCUUGGUUAAGAUUUUAAAGAUAAUAUUCCAACGUGCUGUUAAGAUAGGAAAAAGAAAGCACAAAGUUUGCUAA